UAGUUUGGCACUCGCAUUCGGCUGUUGGCUGUUGGCGUUGGCGUUUUUAGUCUGCUGCCUGAUCUUCGACGCGUUGCAUCGCGUGUGCCAUAUUUUCUUUGACCGCGAAAAUUUCUGGGCUAAAAACAAAAUAUAUAUUUAUAUCUCCUCGACUGUGUAUUAGCCACUUGUGAGUGCAACAAACUGUGAGUGAUGGUGGAAACAUCAACUACGACCACUGUGACGCGCACCACCACUGCGGUUCCGGCUGGUGCAGUAACGGUAACUGGACCCACCGUCUCGGCCACGCCCACCGCGGCUCAGGUGGCCGCGCAGGCGCAUCGCAAUGACGAGACCACCCGGGCGAUCUUCAAUCUGAAAGUCAUCCUCUUUCUGAUUUUCCUGCCACUGGUCUUGCUCGCCGUCUUCCUAAAACACCUGUUGGAUUACCUAUUUGCCUUGGGACUCAAGGAGAAAGAUGUCAGCGGGAAAGUGGCGCUGGUGACCGGAGGAGGCAGUGGCCUGGGUCGCGAGAUCUGUUUGGAGCUGGCCCGUCGUGGCUGCAAGCUGGCCGUCGUGGAUGUCAACUCGAAGGGAUGUUACGAAACCGUGGAGCUGCUCUCCAAGAUUCCGAGGUGUGUGGCCAAGGCUUAUAAGAACGAUGUCUCCUCGCCGCGCGAAUUGCAGCUCAUGGCUGCCAAGGUGGAGAAGGAACUGGGCCCAGUGGAUAUUUUGGUCAACAAUGCCUCCCUAAUGCCAAUGACCUCUACGCCCAGCCUGAAGAGCGAUGAAAUCGACACGAUUCUGCAGCUGAAUUUGGGUUCCUACAUUAUGACCACCAAGGAGUUCCUGCCCAAGAUGAUAAACCGCAAGUCUGGUCAUUUGGUGGCAGUUAAUGCGUUGGCGGGCAUAGUUCCUCUGCCAGGAGCUGGAAUCUACACUGCCACAAAAUACGGAAUCGAGGGCUUCAUGGAGUCGCUACGCGCAGAGUUGCGUCUUUCCGAUUGCGACUACGUUCGCACUACAGUUGCCAAUGCCUAUUUGAUGAGAACCAGUGGAGAUCUUCCCCUGCUCAGCGAUGCGGGCAUUGCGAAAAGCUACCCUGGAUUGCCCACUCCCUACGUGGCGGAAAAGAUUGUCAAGGGAGUGCUGCUAAAUGAGCGCAUGGUGUACGUGCCAAAAAUAUUCGCACUCAGUGUUUGGCUGCUCAGGUUGUUGCCCACCAAGUGGCAGGAUUACAUGCUCUUGCGCUUUUACCACUUCGAUGUGCGCAGUUCCCACCUGUUUUACUGGAAGUAGAAAAAUCCGGAGUCGAGUGAGGAGCAUCCCACCCCAGAAGCAUUUACGCGGAGAGCUCUUGUUUGUUUCCCAUUUGCAGUUCUUAAUUCAAAUGUUGCUUACGCUAGGUGUACAUGUUUAGCUAUUUAUACGAAUCUUUAACUUAAAUUAAAUCUAUAUCCUAACAUUA